AUGGCCAAGAGGAAGGCGCCAGAGCCAUCCCUUGAAGUCAGCGAGACCCCUUCGAAGCGCCGGCGGAGAACAAGCACCAAAUCAACCACUGCAGGAGGAGUACACAAUGAUAAUGACGAGUACGACGCCAUAGGGUCGACGAAAGAUGAUACGCCGAAGAAGCCACAGACUCCAUCCAAGGUCAAGAGAAAUCGCGCUGCAGAUGCGCUUCAAGAGGAAGAGGAGCAGGCAGAUGGAAGCAGUCCCACGCCCAGAGCGAAUGGUCGGACACUGUUUUCGACUCCAAGGAGAACCAAACCCACAGUCGCUACAAACACGCCGUCCCAGUCGACACCUUCCAGGUCCAAGGCAGAUCGAUCAGCAAAGAGGAAAAGUGCACGAGCCUUGGCCGAAACGCAGGUGGAGGACGACUGGGAUGGGGAGUUUGCUCUGGCAAGGGAAAUUCUCGGCGCUGACGAUGAGGAGGGACAAGAUGAGGUGGAUGUGUAUGCUGAUGCCGACGGGGCCAUAAAUGGAGAAGAAGACACUAUCGAGCAGACCGUUAACAAGGCAGAUGAAGCUGCCACCACCACACCGAUCAAGACACCUGGAAAGCGCGGACGGCCCAAAGGCGCAAAGAACAAAAGAUCUCCCACACCAGAAGGCGACAUUGCUCCUGAGGAGCGGUAUUUCUUCCAGAACCGCGCUGGUCCACCACAGAUCUCCAACAAUAGAUUCUCCUUGGUCAAGCUGCUCAAUCACGACGAAUAUUUCGAGCAGAUCCAGCGACACACAGACAGACAUGAGCGGGACAGGGCGCAGUUGAUGAAACUCCACGCUCGUUCCUUCGCGCAAUGGUCGUUCGAGCUUGACCAAGGCUUCGGCUUGUGUCUGUACGGUUAUGGGAGUAAGAGAGGACUUACGAACAAAUUCGCGGAGUGGCUGUACAAGCAGCCGCAGCGAGGAGUAAAUCAUGAUGACACUGCGGUAUCGUCUUCUCCUUGUUCUCCACGCAUCAUUGUGGUCAAUGGAUACACGCCAAAAUUGAAUGUGCGAGGGAUCCUGAACACGAUCGCUGCGGCAGUUAGCAACGCCCCGGACACCGACGAAGACUACAAUGGGGAAAGAGACGACGACGAGGGAACCCUCCAACCCCUCCAGAACCGUCACAAGCGUCUACGUCUAGUUGGCCAGCCUCACGAAAUGCUUGAUGCUUUACUCUCACUUCUCACCCAUUACCGUCCGGCCAGCUCGGGCGGAAGCAGCGGUGACAGGAGAGGCCAUGGUGAACUAGAAAUAGUCCUUCUCAUUAACUCAAUCGACGCACCACCGCUCCGGCGCCCAACUACCCAGUCCCUGCUGGCCCGCCUCGCAGCACAUCCUCAAAUCAAGUUCAUCGCGACCGCAGAUACGCCGACAUUCCCGAGCCUCUGGAACUCGACCUUACUCGACCGAUUCCGAUUCGUGUUCCACGAUUGUACAACGUUCGCUCCGUAUACUGCCGAAAUCAGUGUCGUGGACGAAGUGCAUGAGCUUCUGGGCCGUAAGCGAUUGCGUUCCGGCGGGAAGGAGGGGAUCGGGUUCGUACUGAAAUCAUUACCGGAGAACGCGAGGAACUUGUAUCGGUUGCUGAUCUGUGAGAUUUUGGGUAUGUUAUCUGACGAGAACGGAUUUACCACGACCGGGACUGGGGAUGUGGUGAACCAACAUGACGGUGAUCACUACGACGAUUAUGACCACGACGAGAAUACACCAGGACUGCGCAAUCCGCCAUUCUCGAAACACGCUGCCACCAAGCCCGAAACGGCCGAGCAAGUCGGCGUCGAGUACAGGACACUCUAUCAAAAGGCGUCGGAAGAGUUCAUCUGUUCGAGCAGCAUGAACUUUCAGUUUCUACUGAAGGAAUUCCACGAUCAUCAAAUGAUCACGAGUCGACGGGACGCCAGUGGGACGGAGGUGUUGAGCAUUCCACUUGACAGGGGUGAAAUGGAGGCUGUCCUGGAAGAACUAGUCAUUUAG